UGUAGGUAGUACAAGAACUGAAAAAUAAUUUUUGGUUGCCAGUAUACCUGUAGUCGUUGCACUGAUCAGUCGAUAGUUUUGUGAUAAAUUAUUUCUCAAGUGAAUUAAAUUAUUAACCAUGGGACGUGAUUCUAGAAAGGUUUCAAGAGAACUUCGGAGUUCUGAAAAAAUUAAUAAGUCGCGUUCAGUCAAAAGAAAGAAUGUUUUUAAUCCGAAAACAGCCGAACGUGAUGAAAGUAUUCAGAGUACAUCUUCUAAAAAAUUAAAACAAAACACUGAAGAUGAUGUACCUGAAGACAGCAGUACUGAAUUUCGAAUAAUAAAUUUUAUUCAGGUAUUCACUGCAAUUUCUGCUCUUAUAAAAUGUAAAAAAUGUGAUGGAAAUGUAGUGUUUCAAACAGCAAGUACACGUGGGCUGGGAUUCAAAAUUGUAGUUGCAUGUAAUAACUGUGGAAAUGAAUAUAUUCCUUCCUGUUCUUUCGUUGGGCAUUCUUAUGAAAUAAACAGACGUUUCAUUUUUGUAAUGAGAAUACUAGGAAUAGGAUACGAAGGAUUGUGCAAGUUUUGCGGCCUGAUGGACAUGCCGUCUUUUUUAGAUAAAUCUACGCAUACAAUUUUACUGAAACAGAUUUUGAAUUGUAGUAAAGCCGUCGCAGAAACCUUCAUGACGAAAGCUGUGAAUGAAGAAAAGCAAGCAAUGCCAACAACUGAAAAUGAAGAUAUAAAUCAUCUAACUGUAUCGGGAGAUGGAACCUGGCAAAAACGGGGAUAUACAUCGUCAUUUGGAGUUUCUUCUAUAAUUGGCUAUUUUACUGGAAAGAUUCUUGACAUAAACAUUAAAAGUGCAUAUUGUAAGCUAUGUGAGUAUUGGAAAAAAAAAACAAAUACUGUUGAGUUCGAGGAAUGGUAUCAAUCGCAUGAAGAUGUGUGUUCUGCUAAUCAUCAAGGGUCUUCUGGGAAAAUGGAGGUGGAUGCGAUGGUCGAAAUGUUUUCGUAUUCUGAAACUAAAUAUGGAGUUAAGUAUGCCAACUAUAUUGGUGAUGGUGACUCCAAGACCUAUUCAGGAAUUAUAAAAUCAGAUCCUUACGAAAAUACAACUGUAAAUAAAAAGGAAUGUAUAGGGCAUGUCCAAAAGCGGAUGGGGAGUCGAUUACGUACGCUGAAGAGUAAACAAAAAGGUCUUGGUGGUCGAGGUAAGCUCACAGGAAAAUUAAUAGACAAACUAACUGUGUACUAUGGUUUAGCAAUACGCCGGCAUUGUGAUUCUAUUGAAAAUAUGAAAUCUGCUAUAAUGGCAACCUUUUAUCACUACGGCUCGAGUGAUGAAAAACCGAAUCAUGAUAUGUGUCCAAAAGGCGAAGAAUCUUGGUGCUCUUACCAGCGCGCUGAAGCAAGAGGAGAGCUUGAUACCUUUUCUCACGAUUAUUCUCCUUUACCUUCUGAUGUUUUAAAAGCUAUCAAGCCUAUAUACGAAGAUCUUAGUAAUGAAAAUUUACUUUCAAGAUGUGUAGGUGGAUUCAAUCAGAAUAAUAAUGAAAGCUUUAACCAACUAGUAUGGAAAAUAUGCCCAAAAACGGUAAAUACUAGUUUUACCAUCGUACAAAUAGCUGCAUACGUUGCUAUGUGUAUAUUUAAUGAGGGUAUAAAUUCAUUAUUAGUCUUGAUGAAUACACUAGGACUUAAUUGUGGGCCUAAUUCUCAUCGGUAUGCAGAAAGAAUGGAUGCUGCACGUAUCAAAGUAGCAGAUAAGCGCGCUAAUGAUAACACCCGAGAAGGUCGAUUGCAACGUAGGCACCAGCAAAUCGAUAUUUUGGAAGCUGCUAUGUCGGCUGAAGAGCUAUUAUAUGGUCCAGGAAUAGAUGACUCAGUAUGAAUCUCCAAGGACUUAUGAUGAUCACCGCAAAGGACUUCGGGAGGAACGGGCUCUACAAAAACAGCGAUAACUUUUUGAAUUAUUAAUUUUUUUUUUUGAAAUUUUCGUGAAGUCAAAUCGAAACGUGUUCUAAUAAAGCUAUGUUUUUAUUUUUGUCAAAUAAAGUAAUUAACUACAAAAAAAAAAUUAUUGAAAAUCAUCAUUUUUUCAUACCCCUGAG